CUUGAGGCGUCGCUAGCCUUGUCUAUCGGUGCAAGUACAGCCUCCUCACCCGCCGACGACUCGAUUUGCCGGCUGAACCCCCGCACGCUAGCCGACGCAAUUUUUUCAGGCAUUUGGCUAUAGCGUGGUUGACAGCGUAGACUGCAGUAGGUAACGUGCACGGCGUCUCAAAUCGUCCUUGGUCAUCUGUUUUCGAACGCGAGCACGAAAAACGCUGCGUCGCCGCGCCUCACGCGCGACCUAGAAAAAGCCAAUAGAAUGCCCGACAGCAUCUCCACCCGCACAGGCAGCGCAUAGCUCCGCAAACGCAGCCAACAAAGACAAAACGACCAUGGCCACCUACCCCGUCGAGCUCGCGCCCGGCGCCAGCAAGGAGGGCAAAGUUUGUGUGGCCGUCGGCGGCGGCGGCGGGUUCAUUGGGUCCUGGCUCGCGUUAGAUUUGAAGAAAAAAGGAUUCUACGUCAUCUGCGCGGACUGGAAGCGCAACGAAUUCAUGGAGGUCCCCGAGUUCUGCGACGAGUUCCAUCUGGCUGACCUGCGGAUCCCGAGCAAUUGCCUGCGAGUGUGCGACGGGUGCAGGGACGUCUACAACCUCGCCGCGGACAUGGGCGGCAUGGGCUUCAUCAAGUCGAACGAGUCCGUAUUGAUGUACAACAACACGAUGAUCUCGUUUAACAUGCUCGAGGCCGCGCGAUGCAAGGGCGUCAAGCGCUACUUCUACUCGUCGUCGGCGUGUGUGUACAACGACGACCUGCAGCUCGACCCCGAGAACCCGGGAUUGAAGGAGGGCGACGCCUGGCCGGCGAAGCCCCAGGACACGUACGGCCUCGAGAAGUUGUAUGCGGAGGAGAUGGGCAUCGUGUACGGGCGGGACUUCGGCAUCAAGUUCCGGUGCGCGCGCUUCCACAACGUCUACGGCCCGCGCGGCACCUGGAAGGGCGGCCGCGAGAAGGCGCCGGCGGCGUUCUGCCGCAAGGCCGUCUGCGCGACGACCGAAUUUGAAAUGUGGGGCGACGGGAAACAAACUAGAUCCUUCAUGUUCAUCGACGACUGCGUCCAGGGCAUCCAGAAGAUCAUGGACAGCGACUGCGAGCAGCCUUUGAAUUUAGGAAGUGACGAGAUGAUCGACAUGAAUGAUUUUGCCAAACUAGCUUUGUCGUUCGAGGCCAAGAACCUGCCCAUCAAGCACAUCCCCGGCCCCGAGGGCGUCCGUGGGCGCAACUCGGACAACCAGAUGAUCAAGGAGAAGCUCGGCUGGGCGCCCAGCAUUCCGGUCGCCGAGGGCCUCAAGAAGACGUACUUCUGGAUCAAGGCCCAGGUCGAGAAGGACAAGGCCGCGGGCCUGGACAUCACGAAGCUCGGUACUUCCGAGAUCGUCGUGCAGACGACGGACGACCUGGACGAGCUCGCGGCGCAGGGGCUGGCGGGCAAGUGCUAGGUCCGUCUCCCCGAGUAAAUCAAGAUAUUACGCAACCUUCGCCCGGCGCCGAACCGGCGGCGGCUGCCGAUGGCGUUCACGACGCCGUCCGCGCGUUGCGGUCCGGCCGGGGCGCCGCGAUCGACGUCUUCCGCGCCGACCUCCCUUCACCCCUGUGCGGGGGCGCGGUGCCCU